AUGUCUUUUGUCCGUACGAAAACAGCAGAGUCCGAUUCGCUAGUCAGUUGUGACGGUGCCAGAACUACUAGAUGGCAUACCCCUCGCUCUGGAAAUAGUGUCUUGGAGAUCCAGACAUAUCCAGACUCAUCCAAAAUCACAAAGGCCCAACGAGAACAAUUGGAGAUGAGAGCGCACUCUACCAGCAAAGUCGUGGUGUUCUUGCCCAUCCAACUUUGUAAGGUCAUGCUAAUCGUACCUUCGCUAGGGCAUUGGUAUCAAGAAGAGCACUUCACAGUUACACAAGGAACCUUCAUCUUUACACUCAACGGCAAAGAGAUCAAGAUUUCUGCCACGGAUCCCAACCCGCGUGUCUCCAUAACACCCGGCGCUCCUCACACUUUCGUUCCAGACCCGGCUUACAAAGGUCCUUGUGUCAUUGAGAUCUCCGCCGAAACUUCACCUCUGUCAUCAGAAACCACUGCCACCGAUCUUGGUGUCAGCGAGCGUUUCUUCAGAAACUUGUACUCUUAUCUCGAAGACUGCAGUCGUCAAAACGUUUCUCCAAGUCCUCCGCAACUUCUGUUAUUCUUGGACUCGGCCGAAGUGAGUUUGGCUUGGGAUGUAGGUCCGACAUGGUUGAUGCAUUAUCUGUCUUAUGGUUUGGGAGUUGUGGUUGGCCGCUGGAUCGGUGGAGGUCUAUUGGGUUACAAAGGAUCUUAUCCUGAGUACUAUAACCCUGAGCUUAACGAAACCAAGAAGGGAAAGUGA